AUGCAGGAUGUGGUGGCACGUGCAAUCUCUCAGGGUAUUUCAGAUGGGAUCCAGCAGUUGGCCUCAAAAUUACCCUUUGCCACUGCUAUUGUCUCCACUUCUCCCAGGGAGUCUGGCAGUUCCAACAAGACUCAUGCCCCUCGAUCUCAGGAGCCCCAAGUUAGGGAGGCUUCUCUGGCCCCUACUGGGAUCAGUGAGGUGUCCGAUGGGGAGGAGGCAGAGCUAGACGCUCCGGACCUCUCAGAGGAUGAGAAUUCCGCCCUCGAGGCGCCUGUCUCUUCGGGUUUCUUCAACCCCUCCUUGUUUAGGGCUAUCCUAACCAAGGCUAGGGUGAUGGCACCCCAGAUGGGUCUGCCGGCUCCAGCAGAGAAAGUCCCUCCAGCUCAGGGUACCAAGGAAACCAUUGGGCUCCAGGACCCGGGUGCGGGAUUGUUUAAGGAGGCUUCCCCUCCUCUCGAUCUGGUUCCAGCUCCUCAGCUGUUUUUGGACAUCAUUCAACAUCAGUGGGCCCAGCCGGAUUUCAUGGCCAAUCCUAGUGGCACUGACAAGAAGCUCUAUUCUAUGGAGGGCCCUCUAGAGGAACUGCUUAAGUUUCCCCAGUAUUUUGGUAGAGCGGCCCUGUUCUGGUUACGUAAGUUAUUAACCGACCUCCUUGCGGGGAACACCAGGGCUAGACAGGACAUUAGAAAGAUAAUAGUGGCCGUGGAAUAUUCUGCCAAUGCCUCCCUUGCCGCCACCAAGUUCUCUUCUAGAGCCCUUGCCUCCAACGUGACUUCACGCCGUCUGCUAUGGCUUCGCCACUGGCAGGUGGACGUUAAAACCAAGUGGAAGCUAAUUUCUGCUCCAUUUAAAGGGGGAAAAUUGUUUGGGGAGACCUUGGACCCCUUUCUAAUGGAGUCCAAGGACAAGUGCAAGAUUUUGCCCCCAGUCACUAAGAAACUGAACCCUCCACUCAAGGGCUCUGCAGUGGCUGCUUCUGCCCCACCAGAAAGCCAACAGGAGAAACUCGACCAUGCUGAUUCCCGUGCCUCUGGCCGUGAAGAGGUCCCUCCAAUGGUGGACGUCACCUCAAGGGACACCUCUUCAGGGAGCCCGACAGGGUGGUCGUUACCACCGACGCCAGUCUCUCCAGUUGGGGAGCGCAUCUGGGCCAACUCGUGGUCCAAGGCAAAUGGUCUGCGUCAAGAGUCCCGCUGCAGCAUCAAUCUUCUAGAACUGAGGGCGGCAAGGUUGGCCCUUCGUCAUUUCCAUCGGUCGAUUCGCCGACGUCACAACCUCCUGAUGACGGACAACGUGGCCACCAAGGCGCACAUAAACUGCCAGGGUGGCACCAGAUCCAAGCAGCUGAUGGCGGAGACGGAAGCACUGGGCCGCUGGGCGGAGUGCCACCUGGAGUCCAUCCACUCCGAUCACAUCUCGGGCAUCGACAACACCCGCGUGGACUGGCUCAGCAGGACUACCAUCAACCCUGCCGAGUGGCAACUCGACUCGGCCCUCUUCCGCUGCCUGACCUGCAGCAAGAUCCCCAGGGUACGCUGUUUCCUGAAGGGUGCCUUGAACCUACGUCCGCCCACCAUCCAUCGGUACCCUACCAGGCAGCUGUCCGUGGUGCUCCAAGUGCUCACCGCUCCACCUUUCGAGCCACUGCAUUCCGUUUCUCUUCGACACCUCACGCUGAAGACGGCCUUCCUGAUAGCCAUCACCUCUGCCCGCCGUAUCUCCGAGUUGGUGGCCUUGUUGGUUCGUCAGGACCUUUGUAUUGUACAUCCCGAUAGGGUCGUCUUACGACUCGAUCCUUCCUUCAUUCCGAAGAUCAACACCCGCUUUCAUAGGGCACAAGAAGUCAUUUUGCCGAGGUUUUGUCCGCGCCUUUCUCAUGCGCGGGAACACUCUUGGCACACACUGGAUGUUCGGUGGGCCCUGAAGGUCUACCUCCACCGGACCUCGGACUUCCGUCAGUCUGAGACCUUGUUCAUUUCUUUCCAGCCUGGUUCUCUGGGCAAGAAGGUCACCUCCACCACCGUGGGAAGAUGGUUGAGGGCAUGCAUCGCCUCCACCUAUGAAGGCCAAUCUUGGGUGGUUCCACAUGAAGGCACGCCCCCUCUUAAGCCGGCCUUCACUGGGUUGUUCUACCCUUCAUUGUAUAAGUUACACCUAUUCAAGGCCAAAGCAGCCGCCAAGGUCGGAAACAGAGCAGCAGAAGCACCACCUCAGCACCAGGGGUUUUCUGCAGAAACCAUCUUUGAUGAGCAGGCCAUUGAGACUGACACGUUGCCAACUCCCAAGGCCUUUUUUGAGUCGGUCAAGCGCCAAUGGGCUGCACCCACAGCGGGGCCCAUGCCCACAUCCACAGACAAGACUUUCUUCAAUGUGGACAAGGACAUGGCUGGGGUGCUAUCUCAGCCCUCCACUGAUGCUCCAGUAUUGAAAGUCUUGUCUGUGGAUGUGGGCAUGGGCCCCGCUGUGGGUGCAGCCCAUUGGCGCUUGACCAACUCAAGAAAGGCCUUGAGAGUUGGCACUGUAAUUCUUGGGAAAUUGGAGGAGAUUAUGAUGGAAGUCCAUUUCGAGGGGGAUCUCCUCAUUACUAGUCACCCUAAUAUUCAAACAUUAAUAUGCAGAAUGAACAACAACGAUUCCAAAGAGUUAUCUAUCGAUAGUAAGGAUGUCUUAGAUUAUGAUGCUUCGGGAGAGAGUCACCAUUCCAUGUAUUUUCCAAAAUCGUUCUUGGAGAGUGUCCAAACAACUCCUGCAAAGGAAACAAGGCUUAUCUGCAUUUACCUGAAAGCUUCUUGCCUCUUUCAGGAUAAACAAAACAGCUCCUUGCUGAGUGGUGACAUCUUAGGAGCCAGUCUUGGGAACAUGAGUGUCACCAACCUUCGUGAACCUGUGGAAAUCAGGUUUUGGCAUAAUCAUUCAUUGGUUAAUUUCAGCAAGACCUGCGUAUUUUGGGUGGAAGGAACAGGAGAGGAUAACCUGGGGGAAUGGAGAACAGAAGGCUGUGAAACCGACACCAGCCAGGAGGACGUUGUUCUCUGCAAAUGCAGCCAUCUGACUUAUUUUGCUGUCCUUCUG